AUGAAAAUUCUCUUUAUAAACGCUCAGUCAUUUAAAACUGCAUUUGGAUUACAUGACAUAGUAGAAAAAUACAAUAUUGAGAUACUAUGUGUAAAUGAAACUUUUGAAAAACCAAACUCGCCAAUACAUUUCAAAGACUGGAAAGUUUAUUCUUCACCACGAAAAGACAAGACUGGAGGAGGAUCUGCCAUCUUCAUCAAACCAACAUUAAAUUUUGUUACUAUAAGAAAGCCUGAAUAUGAACUUGAUUCAAUAGAAAUGGUGUGUAUAGAGGUAAAAGAUAGAUCAAAUAAAACAUUUAAUAUUUGGGUCCCAUAUGUUCCACCAGAAAAACCCAAAUUAAUGGAGGAACUUUGUAAUGUUGUUAAAAAAGAAAAAUUGAAAAAUCUAAUUUUAUUAGAUGACUUAAACGCAAAAAGUAUGGAAUGGAAUAAUCCUAAGGAAAACUCACAUGGUAAACUAUUGGAAAACUGUAUGACAACUUCAAAUUUAAUAUGUACAAAUGAUGGACAAUAUACUAGAAGAAAUAGUUCAAGUGUAAUUGACAUAGUACUUGUCUCACAAGAAAUAUACAAUUCUGUCUCAGACUGCAUAACCCUUACUCAUGAAACUGUACAAUCUGACCAUAUUGCUGUAUACUUAAACAUCCAAAGUGAAGAAAAUGUUGAAAUAGAAGAAAUGGAGGAAACCUGGAACUUAAAAAAAGCAGAUUGGAAAAAAUGGAAAGAAUCAACAAAAGAAAAAUUCCAACAUUUUAUAUUUGAUAGAGAGGAAAAGGUACAAGAUUUGUAUAACAGAUUUGAAAAGGAAAUUAUGGAAUGCAUGGAAGAGUCAAUUCCAAAAAUUGAGAAAAAAAAAGUUCUUUGCACAUAG